GGCACAAUAAAAGAAAAGCUUUUUCGACAUAAAAGAGGUCUCGAGAAAAAGAAAAAGAAAAGGAAAAACGAGUGAAAAGCGAUGGCGACAAGCGUUGUACCGGCGGGGAGGAGCGCGAGAAGAGCAGCGGCGGAGGAUGAGAAAUUGGUGUUCGAGACGACAGAGGGCAUAGAACCUAUAACGAGCUUCGACGAGAUGGGCAUAAAGAACGAUCUGCUUAGAGGGAUUUACGCGUAUGGCUUUGAGAAGCCUUCGGCAAUCCAACAGAGGGCGGUUAUGCCAAUAAUCAAAGGGCGUGAUGUCAUAGCCCAAGCGCAAUCUGGUACCGGCAAGACCUCUAUGAUUGCUCUCACUGCUUGCCAACUCGUUGAUACCUCUAGUAGAGAGGUCCAGGCACUAAUAUUGUCACCUACAAGGGAACUGGCAGCUCAGACUGAGAAAGUAAUAUUGGCAAUUGGUGAUUACAUUAAUAUUCAAGCACAUGCAUGCAUUGGAGGCAAAAGUGUGGGUGAGGAUAUUCGAAAGCUUGAAUAUGGAGUUCAUGUUGUGUCUGGAACUCCAGGCAGAGUCUGUGACAUGAUAAAGAGGAGGACAUUACGUACUAGAGCCAUUAAAUUGCUAGUUCUUGAUGAGUCUGAUGAGAUGCUGAGCAGAGGGUUCAAGGAUCAAAUUUAUGAUGUGUACAGAUAUCUUCCCCCUGAACUUCAGGUUGUCUUGAUUUCUGCUACCCUUCCUAAUGAAAUUUUGGAGAUGACGAGCAAAUUCAUGACAGAUCCUAUAAAGAUUCUUGUGAAACGUGAUGAAUUGACAUUGGAGGGCAUCAAGCAAUUUUUUGUAGCAGUUGAAAGGGAAGAAUGGAAAUUUGAUACUUUGUGUGAUCUUUAUGAUACUCUUACCAUUACACAAGCGGUUAUAUUCUGCAAUACAAAGCGAAAGGUGGAUUGGCUUACUGAAAAGAUGCGGAACAAUAACUUUACAGUUUCAUCAAUGCAUGGUGACAUGCCACAAAAGGAGAGAGAUGCAAUUAUGGGAGAAUUCCAGUCUGGUACAACCAGAGUCUUGAUAACUACUGAUGUUUGGGCUCGGGGACUUGAUGUUCAACAGGUUUCUCUGGUGAUUAAUUAUGAUCUUCCAAACAAUCGAGAACUUUACAUCCAUAGGAUUGGUCGUUCAGGUCGUUUUGGACGCAAGGGUGUUGCCAUAAAUUUCGUCAAAAGUGAUGAUAUCAAGAUUUUAAGAGAUAUGGAGCAGUACUAUAGUACCCAGAUUGAUGAAAUGCCGAUGAAUGUUGCUGAUCUGAUCUGAAGACUUUAGUGUCGAUUGUAUUGCCAGCGGAAUGGUGUUUUAAGUCAUUGUGAUUGACAUUAAUGGUCGAUCACCGUACUCGUUGAUAAUCAGUUUGUAUAAUAGUGUUUGGUUGAUUGACUUAUUCUGGGUGGGUUUGAGGGACAAGAAAGAUGAUAAGAGUGGCAAUAACUUCUUUAUAUGAUUAAUUCUUUUUUCCCUUCUUGUUUUUGGUUUUACGCAAAACUCUAUGAUUGAUGAAUUAACUUUAUUUGUAACUUGGGACGCAUUUUGGACGA